AUAAUACCGCACUACAUUUUAAUGGAUGAAAAAAAAGAUAAUACAUCAGAAGGAGCAACUCAUACUGAAAAUGGAAACCAAAGUAAGGAACGGAUUUCAUGUUUCAAUUUUGAUGGCGAAGGGGAUUGGGAAAAUAUCUUGAAAAACGAAAAAUAUGGAUCGUAUGGUGAUAUGACAUUUUGCAUGGCUGAUCAUAUUAAAGAAACAAUGCAAAUGACGUUUAUGAUGCGUAGUCAUCACAUGCUUACCGAUGUAUGUCUCGAAGUAGGAACUGAAUUAUUUUAUGCUCAUAAAAUUAUUUUAGCUGCAGCUAGUCCUUACUUUAAAGCAAUGUUUACGGGAGGAUUAAGAGAGUCUGGAAUGAGUAGAGUGAAACUGCAAGGUGUUUGUCCUACAGCUAUGGCGAGAUUAAUGUUUUUUAUGUACACCGGACGAAUUAGAGUUACUGAAUUGACAGUUUGUACGUUAUUACCAGCAGCAACUAUGUUUCAGGUAAACAAUGUCAUAGAAGCAUGUUGUAUAUUUUUAGAGCGACAACUCGAUCCAACAAAUGCCAUAGGUAUUGCUAAUUUUGCUGAACAACAUGGGUGCAAAAAUUUACAUCAUAAAGCAAAUCAAUUCAUUGUACAACACUUUAGUCAAAUUUGUCAUGAAGAGGAAUUUCUCCAACUAUCAGCUAUCCAAUUGAUAUCACUUGUACGAAAAGAUGAACUUAAUGUACAAGAAGAAAGUCAGGUUUAUAAUGCUGUAUUAAAAUGGGUCAUGUAUAAUGAGGAAGCACGAGGUCCUAAAAUGGCUCAUAUUUUACAAGCUGUACGGUGUCAAUAUCUGACUCCAAAUUUCUUACGAGAUCAAAUGAAAAAUUGUGAAAUUGUAAAAAAAGCUCCCGCAUGUCGGGAGUAUCUAGCUGAAAUUUUCAAAGAUCUCACACUACAUAAAAAACCUAUUGUUAAGGAAAGAACGCCAAAUACUAAAAGACUAAUAUUCAUUGCUGGUGGUUUCCUCAGACACUCAUUAGAUACACUUGAAGCAUUUAAUGUAGAUGAUAAAAUUUAUACUGAACAUGCAAAAUUGAUCGUACCGCGAUCAGGAUUGGGUGGAGCAUUUUUAAAAGGAAUGUUUUAUGCUAUUGGGGGAAGAAAUAAUUCACCCCAAACAAGGUAUGACAGUGAUUGGGUAGAUAAAUAUGAUCCUAUAGCUAAUAAGUGGAGGCCUUGUAAAGCUAUGACAGUACCUAGAAAUCGUGUUGGAGUUGCUGUGAUGGAUGGCUUAUUAUAUGCUGUUGGUGGAAGUGCUGGGGCUGAGUUUCACAAUAGUGUUGAAUGUUAUGAUCCAGAGCAAGAUCUUUGGAAAAAUGUAAAACCUAUGCAUGUUAAAAGACUUGGUGUCGGAGUUGCUGUUGUUAAUAGAUUACUAUAUGCAGUUGGUGGAUUUGAUGGAGUUCAACGUUUAUCCUCUGUAGAAUGUUAUCAUCCAGAAAAUAAUGAAUGGACAAUGGUAUCGCCACUGAACAAUGGUCGUUCAGGUGCUGGAGUUGCAAGUCUUGGACAGUAUAUUUAUGUAAUUGGUGGAUAUAACGGAAAGCUUCAAUUGAAUUCAGUAGAACGUUAUGACACAGAAUCCGAUAGAUGGGAAGAAGUUAGUAGUAUUUCGAUAGCUCGUAGUGCACUAAGCGUUACAGUAAUUGAUAACAAGUUAUAUGCCAUUGGUGGCUAUGAUGGCAAUGUAUUUUUAAAUAUUGUAGAAAUUUAUAAUCCCGCUUUAGAUAGAUGGGAAAUAGGGAUGCCAAUGCCUUCUGCUAGAUCAGGACAUGCCAGUGCUGUUUCUUAUUUCCAAUGUCCGCUUCACUCUAUGCGGACGGGUGGAAAUGGAUCAAAAAAUGAUGGGGAACCAUCGUGA